AUGUUAUUGUAUGAAAAAAUUACACUGAGUUUAUUCCCCAUAUGUAGGGAAAUUAUGGUUAAUUAUAAUGCUAUGCCUAAUAGUCUAUACAAAACAGAGUGUAAUAGAUUUAAUCCAUCUAAUCAUAACGCUCUUUUCAAAGAUUCUAACAUAUGCGUCCAAGCCAUGCAUUAUUUAACUUCUAUUAUGUUUGUAAAUGACAAUAAAUUAAGAAAAUCCGCCUGUGAAUACCUAUAUUAUUGGAUAUUUUAUACUUUUAAUAACAUAAAUAACAUUGAGAAUAACAAGAAAAAGUAUGAUGAUAUUCUUAACUUAUAUAAAAGUUUUUUGAAUGAAGAACAUAUAUGUAAGAAUUAUAGUAAAUCAUCUAAUGAGGAUUUUAUGUCAAUAUUGAAAGCCAUGUAUAAAAUCCGUAAUUAUAUUAAAGAAAUAAAUAAUGAGAAUAUACAUGAAACAUAUAAUGAUAAAAAAUUUCUUAUUGAAUUAGACAUCAUUAAAAAACCUUAUAAUGAACAGUGGGUAGCACCAGUAAUUGAACCUUCUACACCCAUAUUAAUACCAUGCAAGGAAACCAAAAUUGCAACUCCUAUUAUAAUUACACUUUUUUCAAUUCUAUUAAUAUGUGUAUUGUCAUUUAUUUUAUAUAAGUACACGAUAUUGGGUUCAUUUUUGUGCCCCAAUAAAAAGGGGUUAAAAACGAAUAGGAAUAAUAUCGAUGAAGAAUUGAAUGAAUCUCUACUAUUAGGAACAUCCCUUAAUAUUUUAAAUGAUAAUAUAUAUAAGUUACUAUAUAAAUGA